UAUUUCCCCUUUAUCGUUGUUCCAGCGACACAGUAAAGUAUGAGCAAGUUGAACUCGGAGCUUUUGGCCAAGGCCGUCGAAGACAUCCUCGCCUUCUCGGCCGGUGAGACGAUCAAGGUCGGCAACGAUGACGUCAAGGGCAAGAAGCGCAACUUCCACGAGACGAUCGAACUCCAGAUCGCCUCAAGAACUACGACCCGACGAAGGACAAGCGUUUCUCGGGCACGUUCAAGCUCCCGACGGUCCCGAAGCCGAACCUCAAGAUCUGCAUCAUCGGUAACGCCGUGCACUGCGAGCUCGCCGAGAAGAACGGCUUUGAGUUCAUGACGGUCGAUGACCUCAAGAAGUUCAACAAGAACAAGAAGGUCAUCAAGAAGUUCGCCAAGAAGUACGAUGCCUUCCUUGCCUCCGACACCCUCAUCAAGCAGAUCCCGCGUCUGCUCGGUCCCUCGCUCAACAAGGCCGGCAAGUUCCCCACGCUCAUCACGUCGGGUGAGGACAUCAACGACAAGGCCAACGCCGUCCGCGCCACGAUCAAGUUCCAGAUGAAGAAGGUGCUCUGCCUCAACCUCGCCGUCGCCCACGUCGGCCAGACCAAGGAAGAGAUCAUUGUCAACACCCAGUUGGCUGCCAACUUCCUCGCCUCGCUCCUCAAGAAGAACUGGCAGAACAUCAAGGUCCUCUACCUCAAGUCGACCAUGGGCCCCGCCAUGCAGAUCUACUACUAAAUGUUGCUAGCUUUGCCUCGUACCGGAUACCCUCUCGGCCUAUAAAGCCGUGUAGGGGAGCUGAUUUCGACAACUUAAGGGAGGAAACUAUUAAUGGAAUUUAAAUCCUGCGAUAUCUCAACA